AUGGCUUGUUGUUUGAUCCAUAACCUUAUUAGGAGAGAAAUUCCUAUGGAUGAAUUUCUACCGGAAGACAAUUAUGAAGAUGGACCAGUUAAUUUGGUUUCUCCUCAAGAAAGUCGAAUGAUAGAAUUUGUUGAUUCCUCAGAUUAUUGGGUUGUUCAGAGGAAAGAGUUAGCUGAUCAAAUGUGGGAAAGAUGGACUGCACGUAGACGUAGACGCAUAAUUGAUACAGCAUUGCUAAUAUUUGAUCAUAUGAAGGAUUUGAAAUGUGAACCAGAUACUAUCACAUUCAAUACAGUUUUAGCAAUUUUGGGCCGUGCUGGUCGUGUCGAUGAAUUUCUACAUCAGUUUUCUUCAAUGAAGGAAACCGACAUGGUGCCAGACAUAGUCUCUUACAACACAUUAAUCACCAGUUUGCGAAAACUGGGAAGGAUGGAUCUGUGCUUAGUUUUCCUGCAAGAAAUGUGUGAAAGAGGACUUAAGCCAGAUCUCCUUACCUAUACUGCUUUAAUUGAAGGAUUUGGGCGGCUAGGGCAUACUGAGGAAGCACUGAGACUCUUUGGAGACAUGAAAACAAGAGGUGUACGUCCUUCUAUAUACAUUUACCGUGGAUUGAAUUAA